UCUGGUUGGUAGAGGGUAUGUAUAUACGAGGGAGUCAAGAGUAGCGGCCCACAGUCCUCAGUAGAUCCCAGUCACUCUCGCAGUACACACCUCAGACUGCAGACAUCAUGACCGGUAGAUUGUCCCUCAUCUGUUUGUGCGCUCUUCUAGUUGCGGUUCACUGCCGCAACCUGAGAGAGCGUCGAUCACCCGACAGCAGCGAGGAACACUCCUGGACUGACACGUUUAAGAACACCUUUGACAAGGCCAAGGAGAAGGUGUCCGGUGCCAUCGAAGACGUCAAGGAUUCGGACGCGUAUGCCAAGGUCAAGGAAGGAGUCGGCCACGCUGGAGACAAACUUUCUGAGAUCGGACAAAACAUCAAAAACUCUAACGCGUAUGAGAAGGUGAGCAGUGAACUCCACUCUGCUGGUGAGAAGAUAUCCGCAGUCGGAGACGACAUCAAGAACUCCGACACCUUUCAAGGAGUGAAGUCCUCGCUGAACAAAGCGGCUGAGAACAUCAAGGACAAGCUUGACGACUAGAUUUGAACCACAUUCACAAACACAUCACUUUACUUACUUAACCAUAAUACUAACGUUAAUGCUUUUAUACCUCAAUAAAGCUUUUUUACCUUA